CAUGAUGGCGGAGGCGCUGGAGCGGUGGCUCCGGGAGGAGAUGGAGCUGCCGCCCUCCGCCAUCCCCUCCCCGGCCGCGCUCCGCAGGCUCUGCUCCGGCCCCGCAGCCCCCAUUUGGGAUUACGUCAUCCGCCACGUCCGGAACCAGCGGAACGUGAAGAAGAUCCGAGGAAAUCUGCGCUUGUACGGGCACCUGCAGGAGCUGGAGGCCGCUCCGGCUCGGCCGGGCCAGCAGGGGGCGCUGCGCGCGGCUGUGGAGCGGCUCCGGAAGGAGGUGCGGGACCUGGGGGACGCCAUUGCGGAUGCACAGGAGACGGCGCAGCGCCUCGACGCCUCGCUGGACGAGGCGCAGAGCCGGCGGUGGGCGGAGCUUCAGCGAGGGGCGGAGCUUCGGCUGCUGGGGGCAGAGCUUCAGCGAGGGGCGGAGCCGGGCCCAGCUGGGCUGCGGGACGGCCACGAGGGGGCGCUGAGGGCAAUCCAUAAAAGGCCGGGCCAAUCCCGGGAGGAGCUGUCGGCCAUCUUGGCCGCAGGGGCAGAGCCGGAAGUGCUGGUGUCAAUCAAGGCCCUGUGCAAGGCCAGGGAGGCGGAGCUCCAGAGGCCACACCCACACAGAGCUGCCAAUCACCCCGGGAAGGCUGAGGAGGCUCCAGAUUGGUCGGAACAGGCUGAGGCUGUACUGAUUGGCCACAGCCCAGAGGCGGUGCUUUGGGCGCUGGAGGUCCUGGCCAAUCAGAGCACAAGAGCUCUCCUGGCUGGCCCCACCCCCUCAGCCGAGGCCCCGCCCACCCUGAAGAGCCUCCUGCAGCUCCAUUUGCAGCAGCGCCUGCGGUUCCUGAGCGCCGCCACCAGGGGGCGCCGAGCGGCGCUGAAACCGCUGCAGGAGCAGGUUGUGGGCGUGGUGCAGGCGGGGCCGGGCUUGGCCCUUCCCCCUCUGGAGGGGGCGUGGCUGCGGCGCCGGCAGCUGGCACUGGGAGCACUGGGAGCACUGGGAGAGGAGCCCCGCCCCCCGGCACAGGCCACACCCCCUCUGCGGGGGCUGGCACGGGAGAUGGGCGUGGCACAGGGUUUGGGGGGCGUGGCCAAGCCCGCCCCCAUCCCCUUGUGUCCGUCAGGGCUCGCUGCUGUCCCAGGCGGCCAUCUUGCGUCAGCAGCUCCGCCAGGGGGCGCUGCGCCUGCGCCGGGGGGCGGGGCCUGUCCUGGGGGCGGAGACAGAGCCGCUGGCCCCACCCCCCCUCACCGUGGAUGUGGCCGAGCUGCUGCCCCGGCUGCGAUUGGUCAGAGAAGGCUGCGAGCAGCGAAUCAGGGACUGGCCCCGCCUCCAGGAGCUCGUCAGCCAAUGGUGGGCCCAGCCGGCUCAGUGGGUCCUGGCCACGCCCCCUGGCUGCGCCCCCUUCUCCCAUUGGCUGCAGCGCUGGAGAGACGCCGCCCACGCCUUGCAGGCCACGCCCACCCCCGAGGAGGCCCCACCCACCCCCGAGGAGGCCCCACCCACCGUUGGGAAGGGGGAGGAGUGAGCGGAGGAGGCUCCGCCCAUCUGAAGCACUCUGGAGGUUCUGAUUGGUUGGGAAUAAAAUGGUGUGGGGAAAGGGGCAUGGCCUGA